GGGGACCUGUCAUGGCAGCCUUCCUUCCUCACUGGCGUGACAGAACCUGUUUCUGAUGCUAUUCUCUGUUUGCUGUUGCUGCAGGGACAGGAUGGCCCACACAGAGAGAGCUCUGCCCUGGCUGCUGCUGCUGGCACUGGCCUUGCUGGGCAGCAGCGUGGCGGAGCGGGACUGCCGAGUAAGCACCUUCAAAGUCAAGGAGAACUUCGACAAGACCAGGUACAGUGGCACCUGGUAUGCCAUGGCUAAAAAAGAUCCUGAGGGCCUGUUUCUGCAGGACAAUGUAGUAGCCCAGUUCACCGUAGAUGAGAAUGGACAAAUGAGUGCCACUGCAAAGGGCAGAGUCAGACUUUUCAAUAACUGGGAUGUCUGUGCUGACAUGAUUGGCUCUUUCACUGACACACAGGAUCCUGCCAAGUUCAAGAUGAAGUACUGGGGUGUUGCCUCUUUUCUGCAGAAAGGAAAUGAUGAUCACUGGGUAGUGGACACAGAUUAUGAUACGUAUGCUCUUCAUUACUCCUGCCGCCAACUAAAUGAAGAUGGCACUUGUGCUGAUAGCUAUUCCUUUGUGUUCUCCCGGGACCCCAAGGGAUUGCCUCCAGAGGCACAGAAAAUUGUCAGGCAAAGGCAGAUAGACCUCUGCUUGGACAGAAAAUACAGAGUUAUCAUUCAUAAUGGAUUUUGCUCUUAAGAAGAUCCAGAACUAUGGAAAGAAAGCAUGUAACAGCACCCUGGAUGUAAAGUUAACACAUUGAUCUGGUGUUCUCUUUAAAACCUUUUAAAUGGCUACAUUUAGAUUGAGUAUAUUUAUCUGAGCUGUGUAGCUCACCUUGUUAAUAAACCAAUGAAAUAUUUUAAUAAACUUGGAUUACAGGGGA